AUGUUACUGUUACCCAUUAUGUCUGUUCCCCAUGGUGACAAGGAUUUACUUGAUCUUUUACUCUAUUUACUGUAUGUUUCUCCUAUAGUUUAUAAGGCUAUUAAUAGGCUGGAGGACCAUGUUGAUUUUAUGGGGCGGUCUGACAAUGCACUUAGAGCCAUCGAGAAAGCAGGACGAAUUGACCCUGUAAACGUUGAAAUCUCAGUUAUACUUAACAAUGUGAAGUUGGUUGGUCGAGCUCGUGCUCGUGGGAAUGAUCUCUUCAAAUCAGAAAGGUAUACUGAAGCCUGCUCAGCGUAUGCUGAAGGACUCAGGCAUGAUCCUCUGAAUCCCAUUCUCUACUGCAAUAGGGCAGCUUGUUGGUUUAGGCACCAACAAAUUCAAACACGUCUUAUAAUUUCCUGUUGA